UCAUUUAUCUUGUUUUCUCUAUUAAGCACAUUUUUGUUUCUCAUUUGACUCCUAGACAUGGAGUCCAGAAUACGCAGAGGUGGCCCAUUUACAGCUGGUUCGUCGCAGCCCAAGCGGAAUAGAACAGGGAAUGACUGGGAAGACAGUCCGUCUGUCUUUGAAGAGGAAUUGAUGAUGCUUGAAGAAGCAGAGAUUGAGGCAGAGGAGAGAGAGGGGCAGGCGGGGCAUGAUGUCAUUCCUGUCAGUGACUUGUUCUCAGCAGAUCUCAAACCUUCCUGGCAGCGACCUCAUGCACCUUCACUGGACCCUGGUUCUGACACGUUGAUUUUUCAGCAAAUUGACCUUGACUACUAUUUAGGGGAUGCUGUAGCUGGCAUGCCUGGCCAGUCCCAGGGCAAAGUCCCAAUCAUCCGCAUGUUUGGGGUGACAGACAGUGGAAACAGCGUGUGUUGCCACGUUCAUGGUUUUGCGCCUUACUUCUACACACCCGUACCAAGUGGGUUCACACGUGAUAACUUGAGUGACUUUAAAAGGGAGUUGAACACUACUGUGCUGAAGGACAUGCGAUCCAAUAAAGACAACAUAUCAGUCACGGUACUUGCUGUGGAUAUCACCCAGAAAGAGAACAUGUACGGUUACCAUGGGAAGCGGAGUGUGGAAUUCCUUCGGAUCACCAUGGCCAUGCCACGUCUCAUUGCCCCAGCAAAGAGACUGCUGGAACAGGGCUUUAAGUUUGGAUCCUUCCCAAUCCAGAGUUACCAAUCCUUUGAGGCCAAUAUUGAUUUUGAGAUCAGGUUUAUGGUAGACAGUGAGGUGGUUGGAUGCUGCUGGAUUGAGCUUCCCAAAGGCAAGUACAGAGUGCGGGAAGAGGGGAGCGUUAGGGGACCAGAUUCUAACCACCUGGCCAAGGUGUCCUUGUGUCAGUAUGAGGUGGAUGUCGGAUGGACAGAUCUGAUAAGUCACCCAGCAGAGGGAGAGUGGCAGAGGAUUUCCCCGCUCAGGGUCCUCAGCUUUGACAUCGAGUGUGCAGGAAGAAAAGGUAUCUUUCCGGAAGCAGAUAAAGACCCCGUGAUUCAGAUCGCAUCCAUGGUGCAGAGGCAGGGCGAGAAGGAGCCCUUCAUUCGCACCGUGUUUACCCUGCAGUCCUGUGCCAGCAUAGUAGGCUCUCAGAUACUGUGUUUUGCACAAGAAGAUAAACUUCUCCAGAGCUGGGCAGAGUUUGUGAGGGCAGUGGACCCGGAUAUUAUCACUGGGUACAACAUCCAGAACUUUGACUUUCCCUACCUGCUCAACAGGGCAAUUGCUCUAAAGGUAAAUCUGUUCCCCUACCUUGGCCGAGUACGAGGCAUCAAGUCAGUCUUGCGAGACUCAAGCUUUCAGAGCAAGCAGAUGGGGAGGCGAGAGAACAAAACAAUCAACAUGGAGGGCAGGGUUCAGUUUGACCUGCUGCAGGUGCUGCUCAGAGAUUAUAAACUGCGCUCAUACACGCUAAACGCCGUCAGUUUCCACUUCCUGCAGGAGCAGAAGGAAGAUGUGCAGCAUUCCAUUAUUACUGAUCUGCAGAAUGGAAAUGAACAGACGCGUCGACGUUUGGCCGUCUACUGCCUGAAAGAUGCCUAUCUUCCACUGCGUCUGCUGCAGAAGCUGAUGUGCGUGAUCAACUACAUGGAGAUGGCCAGAGUCACAGGGGUCCCCCUCACCUACCUACUCUCAAGGGGCCAACAGAUUAAAGUGGUCUCCCAGCUGCUGCGACAGGCAGUGAAACAGGACCUGGUAAUGCCUGUGGUGAAGACGCAGGGAGGUGAAGACUACACUGGGGCUACAGUCAUUGAGCCAGAGAAGGGGUACUACAGUAUCCCCAUCACCACCCUUGAUUUCUCUUCCCUGUAUCCAUCCAUCAUGAUGGCUCACAAUCUAUGCUACACCACCCUGCUUCAGAAAGGCUCAGCAGAGAAACUGGGGCUGUCACCAGAGGACUUCAUCAAGACUCCAACUGGUGACCAGUUUGUCAAGAAAUCUGUGAGAAAAGGUCUUCUACCUGAGAUCCUGGAGAAUCUGCUGUCUGCCAGGAAGAGGGCAAAGGCCGAACUAAAGAAAGAAACUGACCCCUUCAAGAAGCAGGUGUUGGACGGCCGACAGUUGGCUCUGAAAAUCAGUGCCAACUCUGUGUAUGGCUUCACAGGAGCCCAGGUGGGCAAGCUACCCUGCCUAGAGAUCUCUCAGAGUGUCACUGGCUUUGGAAGGCAGAUGAUUGAGCAAACCAAACAGUUGGUGGAGUCCAAGUACACCAUUGCCAAUGGCUACCAAACAGACGCAAAGGUAAUUUAUGGAGAUACUGACUCUGUCAUGGUGAAGCUUGGUGUUGCCACAGUGAAGGAGGCCAUGGACGUGGGCAAGGAAGCAGCAGAGUGGGUGUCCUCCCACUUUGUCCAACCCAUCAAACUGGAGUUUGAGAAGGUGUAUUACCCAUACCUGCUGAUCAAUAAGAAGCGCUACGCAGGCCUCUACUUCUCCUCCAGCACAGACACACACGACAAGAUGGAUUGUAAGGGCAUCGAGACUGUUCGCAGAGACAACUGCCCUCUGGUGGCAAACCUCAUCAAUACCUGUCUGCAGUACAUCCUCAUUGACAGGGACCCCCAUGGGGCGGUGGCUCAUGCCAAAGAAGUGAUCUCAGAUCUGCUGUGCAACCGCAUUGACAUCAGCCAGCUGGUCAUCACUAAGGAGCUGACGCGCACCGCUCAGGAGUACGCCGGCAGACAGGCCCACGUGGAACUGGCUGAGAGGAUGAAGAAAAGAGAUGCAGGCAGUGCCCCCAACCUAGGAGACAGAGUUCCUUAUGUUAUCAUUAAAGCUGCAAAGGGAGUGGCAGCAUACAUGAAGUCAGAGGACCCAAUUUAUGUUCUGGAGAACAAUAUUCCCAUUGAUACACAGUACUAUCUGGAACAACAGCUGUCCAAGCCCCUUUUGAGGAUCUUUGAGCCCAUCCUGGGAGAGACCAAGGCGGAGAGCGUCCUUCUGAAGGGGGACCACACACGCUGUAAGACUGUGUUGACUUCCAGGGUAGGGGGCCUUAUGGCAUUUGCACAGAAGAAGAGCACCUGUAUUGGCUGCAAAGCUGUGCUCAAGACAGAUGCGGCCGUGUGUGAUUUCUGUAAGAGCAAGGAAUCUGAACUAUAUCAAAAGGAGAUCUUUCAUCUCAACAAAUUGGAGGAACAUUUUUCACGCCUGUGGACUCAGUGUCAGCGUUGUCAGGGCUCCCUACACGAGGAUGUGCUUUGCACCAGCCGAGAUUGUCCUAUUUUCUACAUGAGGAAGAAGGUUCAGAAAGAUCUCGAUGACCAGGCCAAGCUAAUGGCUCGUUUUGGAUCAUGAUGAAAGGCACACACACUUUCCUCAUGUGCCUAGUUUUGGCGUAUCGUGGAUGCUUUCUUUGUGAAUUUGUU